GGUCGAACAUAACUGACCCGUGUCAUGAGCUCAAUUUGCAGUCUCACAAUUCAAUCUCCCUGCAAGCAGCAAGAUCUAAAAGUCUAGAAUGGCUCGUACGUACCUCAUCGGUGGCAACUGGAAGUGCAACGGCACGGUGCAGUCCGUCAAGGACCUGUGCGCUGUUCUCAACAAGGUGGAGAUCACCUCGGACAAGGUCGAGGUGGUUGUGUCGCCCCCUGCGCUCCACAUUGACCUGGCCAAGUCGCUGCUGCAGAAGAAAAUUGCUGUGAGCGCGCAGAACGUUAGUCUGACUGGCACGGGCGCCUACACGGGCGAGAUCGCUGCCGAGCAGCUUGUGGACUUCGGUCUGGAGUGGACUAUCACGGGCCACUCGGAGCGUCGUGCCUACUACAACGAGACGGACGAGAUUGUGGCCAAGAAGACCAAGCGCGCGCUAGACUUGGGCCUUAAGGUCAUUUUCUGCAUUGGCGAGUCGCUCGAGGAGCGUGAGUCCAACAAGACGAUGGACGUGCUUAUCCGUCAGACGGAGGCUCUGGCUAACAUCGUCACUGAGGCCGACUGGGCCCGCAUUGUCAUCGCCUACGAGCCCGUGUGGGCUAUCGGCACGGGCGUUGUGGCCACUCCUGCUCAGGCCCAGGAGGCCCACAAGGAUCUGCGUAGCUGGAUCACUAGCAAGGUGUCCCCCGAGGUGGCUGAGAACGUCCGCAUUAUCUACGGCGGCUCUGUCAAGGGCGACAACUGCGAGGAGCUCAUUGCGCUCGCUGACGUCGACGGCUUCCUGGUCGGCGGCGCCUCGCUCAAGCCUGAGUUUGAGAAGAUCAUCAAGAGCGCCCUAUAAGUGCGACACCGUACUCUUGAUGGUGAUCACCUAAUGCGUUAAUACAACAACAAUAAUCGAACCCAUAUACAUGCACAACCUUCGUUCAUCGCUGCAUGAAAGACGAUGGCCAGCAGUAAUCCGCAGCUUUACACCACGAUGGGGUACGAGGCGCAGUCGGCCAGGCCGCACAUGUUGCUGCCACGAGCGAUCUGGAAGAAGCCGUCCAUGCCCCACUUGGUGCCCCAACUGUUCUUGACGAUCCAGUGGUCCUUGCCGUCCUCCACGCCAUAGCCCACAGCCAACACGGCGUGGUUCACAUCUUUUUCGCCGGAGUGACAUUCCUUAGACUCGUACACUCCAGACUUGUAGAACCUGAAGUCCGAUACCACCUGGAAGGCGAUACUCACGGGACCAGUAGACCCCACAGCAGCCUUCAGUUCGUUCUCAUUACGAGCCGUGAUAUUCACCACUUGGUCCACUUGAGCACCAACAUGGUAUGUGUUGAACUUGCAUUUACCCUCCUUGGCCUCAUAAGGGUAAGUCUAUCAUCAAGAAUAGUUAACGUAACCAAUGUAACAAUACAAAGAACAAGUCCACCAGCA